GCCAAAUGCAAUUCUGGCGCGCCGAGGGUGUGUUUACAACUUGUGUGUGGUGACUGAGGUUUUGUUGGUGUGUCAGUAAGUGGAUUUUCGCCGAAUUUAAAUACCGCAGUGAAAGUGCGAAUGGCAGAUACAACACCUCACAGGUCCCGGCGACAAAAAGCGGAUCGUAAUGGUCGUCUCGCUGCACUUGAAAAACUGAAACAGCUGAAAGGAAGCAAAAACAAAUAUGAAGUGGAGGACUUUGAAAAUGUGUAUGAGGAAGUGGAUGAAAAAGAAUAUUCGAAGAAAGUGCUGGAACGUCAGGUUGAUGACUGGAUUGUUGAUGACGAUGGCAGUGGAUAUGUUGAGGAUGGUCGUGAAAUAUUUGAUGAUGACCUUGAUGAUGAAUCAAUUACUUCAGCUUCACGACAGAAAAACAGCUACAGUGGGAAACAUGUUAAGAAAUCAAAUAGUAAAAAUGAUGCGAAGAAAAACGGUGAUGGGUCAGCGAGUAUUCGCAAUAUGCUUAUGAACAUGCCAUCACGAAAGAGGAAAAGAGAAGCAAAUGUGAAAUUGGAUGAUGAUGAUAUCCUAGGUGACAUUAUGCAGGAGUUACAUGGUAAUAACAGCAUCAGCAAGAAACAAUCAUUAGACACAGGAUUAUCUCCACAAAGUUACCUGAAAUCGUUGGCAGAAGCUGCUCCUGCAAGGUCUUUGAAGGCUCCAGAGGAAAAACAACAGUCCCCUGUGAGCCAUUUGAAAUCAUUUUCUGCAGCUGAUUCCACAAGACGCCUGAAGUGUCCAGAGGGAAAAAAGCAAUCUCCUAAGAAAGCUCGUGUUAUAAUUCCAGCCACACCUCCUGUGCAUGAAAGGACUGACAGGAUUAAUCCUCAGUUGUUAGAGAAAAUGACAGAUGAAGAAAUUGAUGAUUUUGAUGAUGACACUACAAUUGUUGAUGCUUCCCAACUAGAGUCACAGCAAGAACAACAAAUGCAGUCACAGAUUAUUGAAGACUUUGAUUCAGAUGAUGGUUUCCCUGACAGCAGUGCACUUGCUAUGAUUGAUGAUGGUGAUUCCCAUAAUAUAAAAGAAAAUGGCACUGAGAAAGGUUUUGAAGACAAUAUAACAAGUAAUAUUGCAGCAUGUGAACCUAAAGUCCCUGAGCUACCUUUGGAAAAACCGGAUCCAACAGACAGGAAUUUCAGGAAUAAGGAAUUUGACAACACAGAUGAUAACAUAUUAGCAGCAUGGGCAUCAAUGACAGAUAAUAUAAAACAAGAAUCAGAAGCAGCUGCUGUCAGCAUUUCAGGCUCUGAAUUACCACUUGUUACAAAUGGCAGCAACAAAGAGGUGCUUCGUUUCUUUUGGCUGGAUGCCUAUGAAGAACCAUUCAAACAACCAGGUGUAGUGUAUCUCUUUGGAAAAGUGUUCAUUCAGUCUGCAAAGACAUAUGUGAGCUGCUGUGUCAGUGUCAAGAAUAUAGAGAGAAAAAUAUAUCUCUUACCUCGAGAAGAACGGUGGGACCUUGAAGGAAAUGUCAGCACAGGGCAAGAAGUAAAAUUUCCAGAUGUUUAUGAGGAAUUCAACAAGAAAAUAGCAGAGAAGAACAAGAUUCUGCAGUUUAAAUGCCGAAAGGUUGAACGUUCAUACUGUUUCAGUGAGCCAGGGGUCCCAUUGGUGUCAGAAUAUUUGGAGGUGAAAUAUCCUGCCCAGUAUCCACCGCUGCCAUCUGAUCUGAAAGGUGAAACAUUUAGCCAUGUAUUUGGCACUCGUACAUCAUCACUGGAACUGCUAUUACUAGACAGGAAGAUACGAGGACCAUGUUGGUUGGAUAUCCACGAACCACAACCUGUAGCAAACCCAAUUAGUUGGUGCAAAAUAGAGGCUGUAUGCAGUAAAAUGGGACAUUUGGAAGUGAGCCCUGUAGAUCUAAAGCCACCACCACUUGUUAUUCUUGCAUUGAAUAUACGCACAGUGGCUAAUGUUCGUACAUCUCAGUCAGAAGUGGUAAUGGUUGGCUGUCUUGUUCACAAUAGCUUUCCCCUUGACCGUGGUGCACCACAACCACCAUUCCAGCAACACUUUUGUGUUGUUACGAGACCUUCUGAUGGUGCUUUCCCUAUGGAUGUGAAACAGUCCCUGUCUCGAUUCCGAGCCACAAGAGUGGAACAUGUUGACUCAGAGCGGGCUUUGCUUUGUUACUUGGUGGCGAAGGUUUCGAAGAUUGAUCCCGAUUUAAUUGUUGGGCAUGAUUUACAUGGAUUUGCACUGGAGUUAUUGGUUCAUCGCCUGCAGGUGCACAAAGUUCCACACUGGUCAAAGCUUGGACGACUGCGACGUGCAAAUCUCCUAUCUAUUAAGGGCAAACAAGUAGGGCUUGAGCGGCAAGUAACAAGUGGCCGACUUAUAUGUGAUGUAAAAUUGUCAGCAAAGGAACUGAUUAGAGCUCGUAGCUAUGAUCUUGGAACACUGUGCAAGCAGGUUCUAAAUGUUGAUGAAAGUAAACGUUGGGACUUGACUGCUAAUGAAGUGCGUAAUCAGUAUAAUUCAUCGGAGUCACUGGUACGCCUUAUAUCUCUCACAAUGCAGGAUGCUGCUUUCAUCCUAAGGCUCAUGUGUGACCUAAAUGUUUUGCCUUUGGCACUUCAAAUAACCAAUAUUGCUGGAAAUGUUAUGUCUCGAACUUUGCUUGGUGGUCGAUCUGAACGGAAUGAAUUUCUCCUACUCCAUGCCUUCUCAGAGAAGGAUUACAUUGUUCCGGAUAAAGAGUAUGGCAGGAAAAAGGUUGCACAUGAGGAUUUUGAUGGUGAUAAUGAAGAAGAUGGAGAUGGGACAAUUCGUAAAAGCCGAAAGAAGGCACAAUACGCUGGUGGCCUUGUUUUGGAACCCAAAAAGGGCUUUUACGAUAAACUGGUGCUUCUGAUGGACUUCAACUCCUUGUAUCCAAGCAUUAUACAGGAGUACAAUAUAUGCUUCACAACAGUCAAACAUUCCAACUUGAGUCAUGAGGAUAUGAUGGCUGAUGUACCUGAUAGCAAUCAGAAUGCGGGAAUACUUCCGACUGAAAUCCGCAAACUCGUGGAGAGUAGGCGAGCUGUGAAGAAACUUAUGAAAGCCAGUGAUCUCUCACCAGAUUUGAAGAUGCAGUAUAACAUUCGUCAGAUGGCUCUGAAGCUGACAGCAAACAGUAUGUAUGGUUGCCUGGGAUUUGCACAUUCACGAUUCUAUGCCAGACCAAUAGCAGCACUUGUAACAGCUAAAGGGAGAGAGAUCUUAAUUAACACCAAGGACCUUGUGGAGAAAAUGAAUUACGAGGUUAUUUAUGGAGAUACAGAUUCCUUAAUGAUCAACACAAAGUGUCUUGAUUACGACGAAGUAUUUAAAAUUGGAAGUAAGAUCAAACAAGAAAUAAACAAGCUGUAUAAGCUUAUUGAAUUGGAUGUGGAUGGUGUAUUCAAGUACCUCCUGCUUCUGAAAAAGAAAAAGUAUGCAGCUGUUACACUAACCCGCUUACCAAAUGGUGAAUUAUUGGAGCAACAGGAACAUAAAGGUCUUGACAUUGUUCGUCGAGAUUGGUCACAGUUAUCUGCUGCGGUGGGAAGAAACAUAUUGGACCAGAUUUUAUCAGAUCAGUCAGCAGAUGAACGUGUGGAGAAAAUCCACAGUCAGUUAAUGAAGGUCCGUGAUGAUCUACAUGCUGGAGUUGUUCCACUAGACUUGCUUGCUAUUACAAAGCAGCUGACUAAAGCUGUAGAUGAAUAUGCUGACAAGAAAAGUCUUCCUCAUGUGCAAGUGGCAAUGCGGCUCAACUCACAGUCUGGUGGUAAACAUGUAAAGGCAGGGGACACGGUAUCAUAUGUUAUAUGUGAUGAUGGAAGUAGCUUGCCAGCUUCACAACGAGCUUAUCAUGUGGAUGAACUCAAGGUGAAUGAUAAACUGAAGGUGGAUGUAAAUUAUUAUCUAUCACAGCAGAUUCAUCCUGUUGUUUCACGUCUCUGUGAUCCUGUUGAAGGAACAGAUGCUGCUCGAAUAGCAGAAUGCCUCGGUCUUGAUCCUAGUAAUUAUAAACAUAUCCAAAGGCAAGAAACUGAAUCAAAUACACAUGAUGAUUUAGGUGAUCAGCCCAUACUAUCAGAUGAAGAAAGGUUUAAGCAUUGUGACAGAUUCAGAUUUACAUGUAUGAAUGAGAAGUGUCAACAAGUAAUAGUUAUGGAUGGACCUUACAGGAAAACUGAGGCAGGACCUAUUUUACAUCUUGAAAAGUGCCCCAACCCACAGUGUGCGGUAUCUCCACUCUCCUAUCUUGCAAACAUACAAAACCGCUUAGCAGUUGCUAUUCGUCACUACAUACAUCUUUAUUAUUUGAACUGGCUCGUGUGUGAAGAUCCUGCGUGCACAAAUCGCACUCGCAGGCUGCCACUGUGGUUUGGCCGUGGAUACCCAGUGUGUAACUUGUGUGCCAAAGGACUGAUGUAUCGUGAGUAUACCGACAGUGAGCUGUACAACCAGCUGUCGUAUUUUCGGCACAUAUUUGAUUUGACAAAAGCUCCCGAACACAAACCAGGUGCUGUACGAGUACAAAAUGAUGUUGAUAUGGCAUACGUAAAAUUACAGAAGCAGGUGGAUUUGAUAUUAAGCUCUAGUGCCUACUGCUCCAUAGAUCUUCACAGAUUAUUUGCAGAUAUGGGUUUUGGGAUAUCCGAAACUCCAGGAAUACAGGAACUCCCCAGUUCAAGCUGAUUUCCCAUCGAAAGUUUUGUGCUGUUGCUUUCAUAUGUAUAGAUUGUCUUUUAUUAGAAAAAAAACUUUGUACAAAAUUUACUUGCACGUAUUUUCAGGAGUUUUAAUUUAUAUUUGUAAAUAUUUUUAGCUGUACAGUUAUUCUGCAGUGUUCAUAUAACUCUCUCACUUCUUUAUUGUACAUACAGAAUGAACUAUUUACAUUUGGCACAUACUUUUAUAUUUCAGACAAUUAAAUAAAUGUAAAAAUUUGGUCCUUUUUAUAUUAUUAUUAUUAUUAUUAUACUUUAUCUGAAAGUUCAUUACCUGCUCAAGUAACAGUAUUACAUCAUGUAACAAAAUCCUUUUAUGGCAGAUAAUGCACAGUUUAAUGACUUUAGACAAACUUAAGGGACACACUUUGGGAAAUAUUACCAGUAGAUAGAAUACCAGCACACCUUGUUAAUCCAACAAAAAAUAUAUGAUUUAUUCACAAUGUACGUUAAAGAAGAACCUCUUGUAUAAGUCAACUUUUUAAGGGAACUCGUGUCAUAAGCAGACAGCAGGGAAAGCAGUAUACAUAUGAAUCUAUGUAAAUACAAAGAACAAAUGCAAAAAUUAAAACAAUUUAUUACAUA